CCUUCCAUCAUUGUGAUGGACAAUGCUCCAUACCAUUCGGUUGUCUUGAACAAGGCACCAACUAGUAUUUCAAAGGUUGCUGAGAUAAAGUUAUGGUUAUUGGAAAACAAUAUAACUUUUGAGGACUCUCUCCGUAAACCUCAAUUAUUAAUGCUUGUGAAGCAGCAUAAACCAGAGCCUAUUUAUGAAAUUGACCAUAUUUUAGGAGAUCAUGGUCACACUGUGGUACGCCUUCCACCUUAUCACUGUGACCUGAAUCCUAUAGAGUUGAUAUGGGGAAUUGCAAAGCAUAAAAUUGCUUCGGUCAAUGUUGGAUCCAGUGAUAUAAAGGUGGCUGCUGAACAAGCAUUUUCAGACAUUACUGCCGAAGACUGGAAGAACUCAUGCAAGCAUGUAAUGAAAAUAGAAAAAGAAUAUUAUGACAGAGGUGCCAUUAUGUACGAACAGAUGGAACAACUAGUCAUAAAUCUAAGAGAUGACAGUAGUAGUGAUUCAGAAUUAGAAUAUUCCAGCGAUUCUGAAGGUGCAGGAAGCUCAAGCCAAAAUGUGAGCUUUUCUGGCAUUGAAUAUUUAGAUGAAAGUGUUUUUGAUUCAUCUGAUUGAAUUGAUUGAUAUUAAAAUAAAACUUCAAACAAAA